AUCGUAGUGCAGUGGAACAGUAUGGCCGAAUCGAUAUCGAUCGCCGUAUUGAAUAUUCGUGCAUACAGUACAUGCGUGAAUGCAUGGAAUUUCCGGACAGAUUUUCAGCUGGUUUGUGUAUAAUUUUUUAAUGUGUUCACUGCUGCGUGUAAGUGCUCGUAAGCUAAGCUUAACAGAACCGGACGUUCUACGGGCACCUACGGGAGCGCAUGAGCUUCUCGUGGAAAUGGAAGCAUUUCCAGAACAAACUGGAUAAACGCGCCGCUCAGAAAGAGUACGGCAAGGGACGGAUUUGUUGCGGCAAUAAGGUUUUAAUUGUGGGCGCUGGACCGUGCGGCUUGCGAAUGGCCAUUGAAGCAGCGCUGUUGGGCGCCAAAGUCGUUGUCGUGGAGAAACGCGACCGGUUUUCCCGCAAUAAUGUCCUGCAUUUGUGGCCGUUUGUGAUCACUGAUCUCCUCCAACUGGGUGCCAAGAAAUUCUACCCGAAAUUCUGCAGCGGAAACGUCGAUACAUACAUAUAUACAUAUGUAUACAUACAUAUACAUAUGUACGCGCAACACUGGGAUGGAUGCAGAAAUGCGGUACACAUUAAAGGCGAAUAAAACCGAGAGACGCAUGACGUUUUUUUUUCUGUGCCCGUUGUACGUUCAGAGAUACAGAUUUUAUGGAAGUUGAAAAGCUGUUGCAUCGCGAUAACGUCGACAGACAGGCGCUCAACAACUACGCGCUGGAAGCCGCCAAAUUCUCCACCGGAAACCGUCUUCCCGCUUAUGAUUUCGC